AUGCUUUGUAACAAGCUAGCAUACAGAUACUUAACACAGUCAAGUUUAGGUACAGGUAAAGCAAUAAUGCAAAUGCCUAUCGCCCAGGAACCCUUUCGAUGGUCCUGGGCUGCGAGAAUGCUCAGCAACUCCCCAAGCUGAUUUUCAAUUUUCAAGUUUCCAAACUAAGUUGGGAAGUUGGCAGAUGCCUCUUAAUAGGCUUAUUUGUCAACUCUUGGAGUUUUUCGUAAACUUGAAGUUGGAGAAACCAACUUAGGGAGCUGCCCCAACCUUAACCAUCUAAAAGAGUUCCUGGACUAUACACAGUUUAAAUACUUGAAUUGUGUUUCCUCAAGACAAAAUAAUUAUGCAGGCUUCUAUUUUAAUAAAAAUAUUAGAAGACCCUUUGGAACUGAAAGCCGGACCAGAGAGAAUUUGACAAAGGAAGACUUAGAUGAUAUGCCUAAUUACAGUGAAUAUAAAAUAUUUCUACUAGUUGCCAUUGCACUAUUUUGAAAUAGAUAUAGAAUAGCAGCUAAUCAAUAAAAAUUCUUUUAUUAAUAGUAAUUAAGUAUAUGACUUAUUAUGAAAUUUUAGGCGUAUCCCCAAAAGCAAAUAGCAAUCAAAUACGAAAAGCAUACCUUAAUCUCGCUCGUAAAAAGCACCCAGAUCUGCAGGAAGAGCCAACUGUAAGCCUUAUAUAGACAGAAUUUUCAUAUAUUGUUAAAGCCUACCAAACUUUGAUGGAUGAUCAGCAAAGAGCUAUCUAUGACGAUUCUUUAGUAAACGACAAAGAAUACUAUGGAGUUGGUUUUGGAAGAUUUAAAAUAAAUUUAAAGUUUAUUUUUUUGCUGACUGUCAGUGGGCUAAUAUAUGCCCUUGUUAAUAGAGAAAACAGUAAGUCAGAAAAUCUUUGCCCAAAUGAUCAUAAGAUGAAAAAAUUAGAUCUGAGUAAGACGGUUGUGGAAACGAAAAAAGAUGAAUCUGAAAAUGAGCAAACAGCAUUUGAAGUCGUAUUAAAGAAGAAAAGACCACAAAGAGUUGAUAACUCAUUAGUAAGAAAUCCUAAAAGUGCUCCGAUAUUUGCUAAAAAGGCACCAAAAAAUAUCAUAGAGGAAGAAGAUAUUAUAGACGAGCCCAUAGUACUUCCAAAACACAAAUCAAUCGAAACUAAAAGCCUAUAA